AUGGAUCGGAACCGCAGCGGGGUGGCCGAUGGUUUCCACCAAUUCGAUGAGAUCGAGGAGACUGACGUGAAUAUGAUCCACCUUCAGUCGCCACGGCGCCCGGUCGUGGCCACACGUGCGCAAGUUGUUAUUCACACUCUCGACGUGACGCUGGGCCAGCUCAACCUGCUCAACGUCUGGCGGUUCGCGGCCGUGGCGAUUCCUAUGUCCUUCCGGUGGACCACAGGCACCUUUAGCGCAAUUAAUUUCAUCGUACCGUACUUAAUUAGUAUCGUCUUUUUGUCUUGGCCGUUGUAUUUAUUUGAAACGGGCAUAGGACAAGCGACGGGUGGCGAGAACACACGAGCGAUGGGUUCCCUAAGUUUGAAGUCGAGAGUGUCUUCAUUAAAUUGGUUGUUAUCAGCCUGCUUUCUAUUGUUUACUGCUCCAUUAACGGCGUAUACUUUCGUGUAUGUAUGGGAAGCAUCUAGUCGUUGGGCUAAUUAUGAGAGUCCGGGAUUGACGGCUAUGGAUGCAGUGGAUCUAUAUGUGGGUCGUACAUGCACGCGUUAUUCGGACUAUGUCCCUCAUCUUUCCCCUUUCCUUUGUGGGCCGGAAGGUCGGCGAUUGGACGUUUCUUGCUAUGAUGAGAGUCAGUGCCAUUUGUGGGCCGGAAAUGGUCGAUGCCUGGCAGUACCUUGGGCGCCUGCGAGUGAAUUUUUGUUUACUUCUGUAGAGGAAUACGACCCGCUUUUGGACCAGGACUACCCCCAAUAUUGUGCAGCACGAUUUCUCCAUGAUGUGAGUACAAAUAAUGCCAAGGCUGUCAUGAACGCAUCAGGAUACUAUCGAGACUGGCGUGGCAAAUUUCGAGCGCGAUUACCAGUCUCACUCUUGUCCACAUUCAUCUUCGCUUGUUGUAUGAGUGUCCUCAACUCACUCGGCUCGCUAGGGUCACAAUUCGGAGUUAUAUGCAAGGCUACUUCCUCAAUCGUACGUUCAUUGUUCGGAUUCAUGGGCUUACUCGGUCUUUUAAUGCUGACAAUUAAAGCAAUGCUCUGGUGGAAGGAUAGUCCUGCAUAUCUGUACAACUGGAACCAGGGACUUGUGGACUUUAGCUGGGAACGUUUCUUCUAUCCCGACGUUUGGGCCUUUGCAAUCAUACAGGCGUUCCUAACACUGCGUCUUGGCACAGGUCAAAACGAAUUGGUGGCUAGUCGUGCUCCAAACAAAGCCAAGAACCUCAUCGUGCAGUGCGGAAUCGGCGCUUUUCUGCAAACCCUGAUGUGCUUCCUCGCUUUCUUGCUCUGCUGGUUCGCAUACGGAACCGCUGCAGCACGGAUCGGUUAUACGGGCGAGCCAGAACAAAUGUAUGCGACGUUACGCUUCGAUAUACGUAAUAUGCCAUACGGCACACUGUUUACCUCCGUCCAGACGAUGUUUGAUAACGGACCGGCACUGGACGGCGCCACUCCCCGGUCAGUUGCAUGGAGUCGUUUCUUUUGGAUAUGUAUGGCACUGCUAGGUGUUAAUGGAGUCACACAUGCGGUGGACACUGUCACAGGUGCAGGAGCGUUGUCAAGUAUGAAUUGGAAGGUGGGUGUGCCGCGGUGGGUCUGGGCGAUUGUCACAUCUGUAUUACUCUUCCUGUUCACCAUUCCGCAGUGGUUUGGAGGAUCUUGGGGCUGGACAAUUUCGCAUCACCACUUCCUGACCAAUUGGGCAUACUCUGCUAUGAUGGUGUACGAAGGCGUUAGUGUAGGCUGGAUGGUUGGGCAUGAUCUGAGAACUAAGCACUUUGGCAAGGCCUUCACCUACCUCCAGGUCUCCUGCUUUAUUGGAGGUGCUCUAAUUGCAGCCUUUUGCGUCGCCGCGACCUGGAAAUAUGCACCUCUUUGGGCCCCUCUACUCGGUCUUGGCAUCGGUCUUCUUUGUAUGAUCCUCUCUUUUAUCUUGCCCUUCCCGUUUCUACAAACACACGACGCAUACGGUCGAAGACAUGAACGCAGUGAAUCUGUCCGCAUGGUCGUCUUCGGUUCCGCAGACCAUGUGCGCAAGGAACUUAACUUCCGCUGUAAUCACUCCCACAAAAUCUGGCGCAUGACAGCACUAAGCACACUCGCCGUACGCUAUGGCAUCACUUCUGCCAGUCUUCUCGCUUUCGCUAACAUGAGUAGCUACCUGGACAAUGUUUGGCAUUUCAGCCCCUACACACCUUUCAACUUCAAUUACGUCGAUCAGUUCAUGGUAGUACAAACACUCAUGGAGAAGUUCGACCUCAUCCGCGCCCCCGGCUACGUCAUCGGCAUUGCCGCUUGGUAUGCACUCAUGUUCGUCAUUAUACCACCCUUAUUCUAUGUCUACCCAAAGUUCCUCGACUGGCUGAUUCCGUACAACACCGACGAGAACUUCUUCCAAGUCAACGAAGCCGUCGAACGCUUCGCAGACACCACCAACGUCCUAACCGAAGCACCAUUCACCUUCCAAGAACAACUGGAACCUAUCGUACAAGCCAGCGUCAUGCGAGGCAGCAGAGCCAUCCAACCUCCUAGCACCAGCACUGCUCUACCCUCGCAACAAGUCCGACUCGAUCCCGUGGACGCCAACGAAGACCUCAGCGAAGGCAGCAACUAUCAGUGA